UCGCGGCCAUGUUGAAAUUUGCACUGACAGUUAUUCCGUUGUGAUUUCUCUCAACUUGGAAGCAGCCCUACAUUGUCUAUUUUUUCACUAGUACACGCUCUUGUGCAAAGUUUUUCGGUCUCUAUGAAAGCCUUAAUUUCGAGAAGAUGGACCUAGAUGAACGGCAAAGAAAACUAGAGGCCGGAAGAGCGAAGUUUGAGCAAUAUAGACAGCAGCGGGCGAAAGGCAACACAUCGAAGAAGACUGCGAAGAAGAAGAGCCAGACUGUCCAGACGAACGAACGUUCAGCACAAGAGGAGUCCCGGCCCGAACACUCUCAUGGACAGGACAGCAAGGAGGAGCUUGAGGACUCGGUGCAGUCUCACGACGCUGGUGAGCCAGAAGAGAUGAACCAAACAGACUCGCAGGAACAGAGCUCACUUCCAGUGGACAGAAUGGCAGCAGAUCAGCCUGAUGAGCAAGAAGACCAUCUAGACGAAAUUGUAAUCACACACACGAGCAGAGAACAACUGAAGCAGUUACAGGCAGCGGUGGAGAAGCGAAACCAGAUCAUUUCUCAGCUCAGUGUCAACCUGCAGGCGGCGCUAAUGAGCCGAGACCAGGUGCAGCUGGAGGCACAGCAGCUGACGGGGCAGAUACAGGAGCUGCAGCAGCAGCUACAGCAGGCUAAAGAGUACCUGCGCAGUAAAAGUGUGGGAUGGCUGGAUCUAUCUCAAACCCACAGGCAGCUACAUAUAGAGCACUCUCUGCAGAUGAGGAAUGAUCAAAAGGUCCUCUUGGCUCAGAAGGAAACGGAGAUCACGGCUCUCCAGCAGACGCUCACAGUCAUGAAGGAUUCCCUCGCUCAGCUCCAGAGUGCUUUCACAUCAAAUAACAUGGAGCAGAUCAAAGCAAGCCUGUGCCACAAUGGCGAACUCCUGUCCGGGUUUAAUACGAGCCCAGAGAACAACCUUGACUCGAGCAGCGAUCUGAUCCAGAGAUUAAAAUGUGAGCUGGAUGAAGAGCGACAGAACAGCAAGCGAUCGCAGGAACGUGCCGAGAACCUGCAGGAGAUGGUUUUGAAAUUCGAGCGCGACAAGGUUGAGAUGGAGGCUAGGUUACAAGUGAUUCAGGAUGAUCUCGAGCGUGCAGAGAAACAGACGCGUGAGGCGCAGCAGUACAAAGCUGAGAAAGAGCGACUCAACCAGGAUGUGGUGCGUCUAGACGGGCUGGUGCAAGAACUUCAGAACAGGCUUCGGGAAGAAGAAGAAAAGUCCGAGUGCCUCCGCUCCAAAUACGAAGCUGAAAUCACCAACUGCGAGCUGCGUCUCCAGACCCUGGAGGAAGAGCGGGUGUUAAAUGUAGCGCAGUUAAGUGAAGCACACGAGGCUGCGCUCAAGCGUCUCCAAGAGGAGCAUUCUGAGGAUGUCAAACAAAUUCGGGAACUGCUAGACCAAGUCCAAAAACAUGACCUUCAUGGCGCAUCUUCGGAGCUUGAUACAAGCGUCACCUGGAUCCAAACCUCUGAAGAGCACCACAAUCAGGAGACGGCCACUGAAGGUUCUCCUGAAGCUGUUCCAAGUAGGAAUGCCUCUGUUACCGAUGACUUGAUGGAAAGGUAUUUGGCAUCUGCUGUGCAGCGUGAAAGCUCAUGGAUGGAACAAAGUCUAGAGGAGCGCAGCAUCAUGGAGAACUCUACUGUCUCCAAGUUGGAGUUCGAAGACGAAUCAAGAUUUUUGGUUCAUCUUGAUUCUGGUGCUCAUAACACAAACCCAGAAGAUCAAUCAUCUGGACUAGAUGGCAUGUCCUUCACCCAGGCGCAGUGGCAAAGCUUUAAUUCGACCUCAAAUGGGCUGAACGAAAGUGUGGAUCUGGGCAAGGAGCUUCUGAUUCAGCAGUGUGGAGACCUCACCAAGCAGUUGGAAGAGAAAGAGAGACAGCUGGACAUUCUUCAGGAAGAAGUUCGACGGUCUGCUGAAGAGUUAGAAGAGGCGCGGGAGCGUUGGAGUAAAGCAUCGGAGGAGCUUGAGGAAGCGAAGUGGGAGCUGGAGACAGAACGAGACAAGAGGCUUCACUGUGAGGAGCUCCUCAAUGAGAAAAUCCACGAGCAGGACAACCUGAAGAACAAACUCAGCUACUUGGAGAGCCAGAAAGAGAAAGAGCAGCUAACGUCCAGCAUGGAACUUGAUGAUAAGAACUCUUCCACAGAGGAGCUUCUGAAGGACCUGAAGGAGGACAAGGUCAAGCUCGUUCUCCAGCUCAAACACCAAGAGCAGCUGGUCCGAGACAUUCAAGAGCAGAAGAUGGCUGGAGACUCAGUGAGCUGUGAAGUCCAGGCCCUGUUCGGGCGGCAGCUCUCCUCCCUGCAGGCUCAGAGGGACCAGCUCAUGGCCCAGCUGGAGACCCAGAGGGGAAAGAACCAAACCUCGUCAGUGCUGCUAGGACAAAAGACCCUGGAGGUGGACUCCGCCUACAGGGAGAUCCAGCAGCUCCGAGCGGAGGUGGAGGAGAGAGUGGAGAACGUGCAGAGGCUGGAGAAGGUCCGAGUGGACCUGGAGUCCAAGCUGACGUGUCUUAAAGAGAACCUGAGUAACAUGGAGGAGGCGUUACGUCAGGGUUCGGCAGAGAAAGCUGCUUUGGAGAAGCGACUGCAGGCGCUAGACGAACAGAACAAGAGCAUGGAAAAGGUUCUGGAAACAGAACUGGAGAACUUUGAGCUCCAGCUUCGAGCGAAAGAUGUGGACCUUGAGCAGAUGAAAGAAGCCAGAGAGAAGGCGGAGGAGGAGCUGAUGGAGAAGGACAGCGCUUUGCAGAAGGAGCUGAGGGAACAUGAAGAGGAGAAGAAAAGACUUGAGGAGAAACAUCAACAGGAGGUGCUAGACUGGAGUUUGCGCUUGGAGAAGGAGCUCUCUGUGCUGCGCUCCAACCUGGAAGAGGAGCAGAAGAAACAGAUCACCCUGAUUAAGCAGGUGCACGAGCGAGAGCAUCAGAGAGAGAUGGCCGAGCAGGGGUCUCAGCGGAGAGAGGAACUCGACCUGCUGAAGGCUGAGCUCUCUGAGGAGCUGAGAGACAGCAUGGAGGCAGCACAUCAGGCAGAGCUUUCGCAAGCCCAGACGCAGCACGCUCUGGAGCUGGAGGCUCUCCGUCUGAGCCUGACCAACCUGCACACGGCACAGCUGGAGCUCACGCAAUCCAACCUGCAGAAGGAGAAGGAGGCGGCGCUGAGCGAGCUGCAGGCCAGCCUGAGGGAGAAGUGGGCUCAGGAGAGCGCCAUGCUCCAGACACGACAGCAGUUUGAGCUCGAGAGGCUCCGGGAGCAGAGCAGGGAGCAGAGCAGGGAGCAGGAGAGACAAGCUGAGCUCCAGCUCCAGCUGGCCAUCGAUGAUCUGAACUGUGGUUGGGAAAAGCGUAUUUCAGAAGAACGGACCUCACUGGAGCAACAGCAGGCCAGUAGAAUAGAGGAUGCAAAGGCUCAGUGGUUCCAAGACUCCAAAAAAGAGCAGUCGGAGCUUCAGGCGGCCCUGAACAAAGCCGAGGAAAGUUUGGCUGAGAUGCAGCACAAGCUUGAGGAGCUUCAGCGCUCUAAAGAGGAAGAAAUCAAGCAUCUGGAGUCGGAGUUGAGUCAGGCGUGGUCCGACCGAGACUCUGCUGCUCGUGCUGUUGAAGAACUGGUCGCUAGUCACAAGGUGGUGCUACAGGAGCAGCAGGCUCAGACACAAGAGCUGGAAGAAAAAGAGAAACUGCUUAAGCAAGAGGUUGAUCGUCUGCUCACAGAACAAGAGGCACAGAAGGCCAGCUCCGAGCAGGAGAUCGCUAACCUCUGGUCUCAGCUGGAGAGCAUGAGGACCAGCAGGCAGGAACUGGGAGAGUUGAAGGAGCAGUUGCUGGCACGCACGUCACGCGUUGAUGACAUCGAGCGGCUGAAGCAGGACUUCUCGCAGCAGAGGCGUGAGCUUCAGGAGCAGAACGAGGCAGAGCUGGAGAACCUGCGUGUGUACUUCGAGCAGAGGCUCCGGGCCAGCGAGGAGAACCACCGAGAGGAAAUCGCCCUGCUGCAGCUGCGUCUCGUAGAGGGAGCCCUGGAGGACUCGGCCCUCAAGACUGGAGACGCAAGCUUCCUCUCUGAGGAAAAGGCUGAGGAGGAGAGGGGAGACUCGCUGGCAGAGAUUACGGAACAACUGGAGAAACACAAGGUGGAGCUGGAUGCGCUGCGUCUGCAGCUGGAGGAGAAGCACACGCAGGACCUGGAGCAGCUGCGCUGUAGCAUGGCUCUGUCCUAUAGAGAGGAGUUACUACAGGCUCGUUCGGAGCUCACUGACCGCUACUACAGUGACAUGGAGCAGCUCAAAACCAAACACGCCUUGGAGAUUGAACAGCUGCGGGCCAAGCUCUCAGACAGCCACCUCAAAGAGAUAACAAAGCUGCGGCUGCAGUCGGUGACGGACGUGGCGCGUCAGGUGGAGGCUGAGCUCGAGGAGAAGACUCGGCUCCAGACUCAGGAGCACCAAGCCCGGCUCGCUCAGCUUGCCUCCGACACUGAGCGCAUACUGAGCCUGGAGAAGGAGCUAGCAGAGCUCGCCCUGCAGCAUGGCCGAGAGCUGGAGAGAAGCACUGAGCGGCACGUGGAGGAGCUCAGAGAGCUGGAGGACAGGCUGAAGAAAAACUUUGCAGAGGAACUGCGUACACGUCUUGCGGAGGCGCAGCAGGAAGAGAGGAGUCGUGUGACUGAGGAACUCUCCCACCGGAGCAGUGAGGAACAGCUCCAGCUCAGGGAGCAGCUUCAAGCUCAGGCUGAAGAGCGCAUGGCUUCCCUGAGAGAAGAACUCCAACAAGCGGCCAAUGAGGAGAGAAGGGAGCUGGAGCAGAAGCUUGCUCAGGCUGAGGAGCUCCUGGCUGAAGAAAAGCAGAGGCUGCAUGCCCUACAGGCUAGUCUGGAGAGUGAAGAGAGCCCUCAGGUUGUGGCCCUGAAGCAGAGGCUUGAAGCUCAGUACGCGAGCGAGCUGCGCACAGCGAAGAGCACCAUGGCAGCUGAGGUGAAGGAGCUGAACGCUUUGCUGCGGGAGCAGACUGAGAGCAGGGUACAGGAGGCCACGUGCAGGCAUCAGGAGGAACAGCGGCAGCUAGUAGAGAAACUUGCCCAGCAGAGAGAGGAGGAUCUUCAGAAGCAGAAGCAACAACAUGCUCAGGAGCUGCAGGCCCAGACAGCUCUUCUGGAGCAGAACAUUUCAAAACUGCAACAUCUCCAGAAGGAGUACCAGGAACUCAAAACCCAACACCAGGAUGAGCUCGACUUGCUCUCUUCCAAUCACAAGGCAGCGCUGGACUCCCUUGCUGAGAAACACAGGGCAGAGCUUGAUAAGCUACAGGUGGUCCUUCAGGAGACCAAUGAAGCGCAGCUCGAAGCCCAGGAGGCGGAGCUUGGGGCGCAUCACAAGCAGGAAAUGGAGGAGCUGGAGACCAGGAUGUUGUGCAACAUGGACACUCUGGAGAGCACAUACCUGACGGAGAUCCAGGCAGUGCGCGAGGAGAAAGAGGAUGCGCUCCGGGAGCUCAGGGCCUCACUGGAGCAACAGCAGGCUAUAGAGAUGGAGAGAGUGAAGCAGGAGGAGCUGACGAUCAGAGAAGAGCUGAGAAAAGAGCUGGCACGGGUCCACAUGGACAAGUUUAGUGCCAUGGCGACUGAACUCAGCCACGCCCAUCAGGCCGAACUGUCUGCGGCGCUCGCUUCUCAGAAGGCUGCUCUGGAGUCGGAUCACCACUCUGCAUUGGAAACCCUGCGACAACACGUGCUGGAUCUGGAGACACAACACAGCGCCGCCCUCCAUGAGGUCAGCGACAUGACCGCCAAAGAGAAACAGCAGCUGCAGCAACAGCUGGAUGCGCUGAAUGCCCAGCACCAGCAACAACUCCAGGAACUGAGGGCAACAUCCUCCAGGGAGAUCGAGGCUUUACGCAGGGAGCUGGAGGAGGAGGCGUCACGGCAACGACUCCAUUUCCUGGAAGAGGCGGAGCUUCUGAAGUGCCAAUCAGAGGAGCAGCUACAGCAAAAGAUUGCACAGUUAAAGGAGGAAAGCGAGCAGGAGAAGACUGCUGCUCUAGACGAGCUGGAGAGAAGUCUGCGUGAGCAGCACCAGCAGAAUGAGCUCUGCUACACAGACAAGAUGAACCAGCUCACUGCACAGCUCCAACAGCUGGACACGGUGGUCUCUCAGCUGCGUGCGGAGGUGAGCGGUUUGCAAGGGGAGCUGGAAGGAAAGCGCUCGGAGAUGGACACGCUGGAGACUCUGCUGCAGCGGCGUGAACGCGAGAGUCAGGAGGGAGCCAACCUCCUCACCAUGCUGCGUGAUGACCUCAACACCGCCACUCAGCAGAGACAAGACCUUCAGCUGGCCCAUGACCGACUUCAGCAGCUUUUCCUCGAGAUGCUUCGGAUUACAAUUGCGACAGAGGAAGAGAUCGGCCGCAGGUUGGGGAUUUGUGUGGACACUGAUUGCACCGGAGGCAACACUCCGAACAGGAUGCCGAGUGGCAACCGUGAUACCCAAGAGACAGCAGACAUGGACGGUGGAGCUGUUGGAGCUGUAGAGGGUGGAGCGAACUGCAGUGUAUUCUCGUCUGUGAUCGAUGAAGGUCUGGAGCUGUCUCAGCGGCUGUGUGAGAGUUUGUUUUCAGGCCCCGAUGGAGAGCUGGACCCUGAAAGAGAGGAGCUGGUGCUGGGGGCCUGCACUCGUCUCCGUGCAGCAGUGGACAAACUGUUAGAGCUGGUCUCUGACUCCACAGUGCAGCUGGAGCAGCUGCGAGCUCUGCAGGUCGUGCUGGAUGAACAGUUCAGUGAGGGGGGAGAAGCCAAGAACGCUCUUCUGCAGCAGCACACUCAGCUUCUGGAGCAACUGGACCAGGAGGCGAGUGUGAAGAGUCAGCUGCAGCUAGAACUGCACAAGGCUGAAGGACUGAUGGAGGGAUAUGUGGCGGAGAAGGCUGCCCUGGAGGAGGCGCUGCAGCAGAAGGAGGUGCGUGAGCAGAGGCUGGUUGAGGAGCUGGAGAGCACUCGGGUUCAGCUGCAGGAGCUCGGUGAGGAACACGCGCUCCUUCAGCGGCAACGAGACGCACUCUCCGCAGGGCUCGGAGAACCCGAGAAAGGCUGUCCUGCUGUGGGUGAAGAAAAAGCACUGUUGGCGGAGACGGAGCGGCUCGGGCAGGAGCGCGUGGACGUGCAGCGACAGGCAGAGAAGGACCGUGUCGGCCUGGCAGGUCGGCUGCGCUUCCUCGAGCUGGCGCUGGAGGAGCAGGAGAGUCGAGCGCAGCAGCAGGAGGAGCAGCACCGCACCCAAACCGAGGACCUGCAGCAGCACAUCAACGCUCUGGAGAAACAGCUGAAACACCACCGCCAGUUCAUAGACGAGCAAGCUGUGGAGCGAGAGCACGAGCGCGAUGAGUUCCAGCAGGAGAUUAAGAACCUGGAGGCGCAGCUGAGAAUGCCCUCUAAAGGACACACAGGAGUAGACACCAAGGGUCAGAGGAUUGAAGACUUGGUUAUCCAGGUGGAAAGUCUCCAAGCUCUUAUCAAAGACAAAACCGAGGACUACAGCGUUCUGCUCUCAGUUAAGGAGCAGUGCCAGCGUGACCUGGAGGACCGCAACGAAGAGAUCGAUAAGAUGGCGUCUCGCAUCCGGGAGCUGGAGCAGGCUCUCCUGAGCAGCGUCGAGGCGGGACGCGCCGUCACGCAGCUGGAACAGGAGCUGCAGAAAGCACGCAAGAGUCUGCAGGAGCUCUCUCAGGAUAAAGAAGCACUGCAGCAGCAGCUGUACUCUAAUAAACUCCAGAUCUCGGCUCUGCAGUCCAAACUGGAUGAGACGAGGCACCGCUUCCCCGACCCCAGCGCUGACCCCAACCUCAGAGAACAGCUAGAGACGCUCCAACAGGACCUUCAGAACAAAGAGGAGCAGGUGGAGGUUCUGCUGGAGCGAGUGGAAGCACUGGAGAAAUCUCUGGCAGUGAAGGAGGAGGACAUCAGGCAGCUCUCACUGCAGCUGGAGCUCAAAACUAACGAAAGCCGAGCCAGGGAGGAGGAGCUACACCUGCGCAUCACUGAGCUACAGGAGACGGUGAGUACGCUACGCAGACAGCAGCAGGAAGAAGGAGACACCUCAGCACUGCAGCUUCCUGCUGCUCUGCUGGAGGAGAAGAACCUGGAGAUCGACCACCUCAAUCAGCAGCUUCUCCGUCUGCAGCAGGAGCUGGACGCCACCAAAGAGAACAAGACGGCGGAGGAGAAGCAAGCGGACAUUGAAGAUCUGCGUGCUCAGGUGGAGCGACUCCGUGGAGAUCAAGAGCGCCUCCGUCAAGCCAAGGAGGAGGAGGCGGAGCAGCUGCACGAGGUCAUCCACAAGCUGCAGGAGGAGCUGAGCCAGCUCGACCCCAACCGGCACGAGGUCAGCGACCCCAACACGGACAGCCCCGAGCCUCCUGAUUUCCCCUGGUCUCCCCGGCCGCAGCACGGCACCGAGGAGAGCCUCUGCCACGAGCUGAGCAGCCAGACACUUCAGAGCUGUCGCAACAAACUCAGUGAGGUCCAGGUGGACCUAGAGCGCUCGGUGGAGGAGAAGGAGGCACUUCAGAGACUGCUUCUGACCCAGGAAGAGCAGUACGGACAGCAGGUUGAGGCGCUGGGCCGCAGCCUGGGCGAGGAGAGAGGCAGGCUGGUGAUCCUGGAACAGGAGGCUGGAGAGCUGAAGCUCCAGUUGGGCCAGAAGGAGGUCGAGGUGGGGAAUCUCCAAGAUCACAUCCGAAAGCUCGAGAACGGAGAGAAGAACCUGAAAGACUUGGAGCUCCGGCUGAAGAAGGCCGAGGAAAGGAGGAAGGAGGCGCAACAGGAGAUGACCAGGUUGAGUGAGGAGGCUCAGAAGCACACAGAAGAGCGAGAGAGGCUGGAGGGACGGCUUGCUGAGCUGCAGCAGAAGUCUGAGGACAGCGAGAACACUGUGGCACAGAUGAGGCUGCAGGUCACAGAGCUGGAGGAGAAGCUUCAGCAGCAGAAAUCUGACGUUGCCAUCUUGGAGACAGGCAAGAAGGAGCUGUAUAUGGAGAAACAGGUUCUUCAAAGACGUGAGGCAAAACUCCAAGAGGAAAUAGAGAAGCUCAAACAGGAAGUGUCAGCAAAGAGCAUUCAGAUACAGGAACUGAAUAUGCAGCUGGAGGAGAGGGCGACUAAACAAGAGGAGACGCAGAAAGAAGUUCUGACGUGUGCCGAGGAGACCCUGGCUAAAGCCGAGGCAGCUUUGCGAGAAAAGGAGGAGCAGUUAGCUCAUCUGAGGUUGCAGCACGAUGCGCUGAGAGCCGAGCUCGCUGCAGUGAAGGAAGGCCUGAGCACCAGUACAGAGAGAGCCGAGAAACUACAGGAGGAGGGGCAGACCAAGGACCGUGCUCUGGCUGAUCUAGAGGAGCAUAACCAGCAUCUUCGGGCCGAGCUGCGUGGCUUGCAGGACGAUCUGGAAGUGCAAGAAGAGGAGCUGGCCUACCAGCAGAGGGAGCUGGAGGAGCUGCGGCAGCGCUGCAGCCAUCAGGAGCACGCCGAGCUCCACGGCUCCAAGCCCGAACAGCGCUUCCUGGACGGCCUGUCCCACGACUCCUCCCUCUCUUCUCCGGAGGUGCUGCGGCGGCUCGAGUGCAGCGAAGAGCGGCCGUCUCACCUCCACGCGUCUCACCUGUCGGAGCUGAGUGGCUUGCGCAGCACCAGCCUGGAGCUGGCUAGCAAGCACUCGCCCAUGGAGAGAAAUGAGCUGAAACGGCCACUCGCACUGCUGCCAGAGACUGAUCCACCCAGCACACGCUCGCCCUCUGCUUCCCCACGUUCCCUCUCCAUCUGUGAGAACCUCUCUGUGCUCGACUCACUGGACGCUGACAAGGUUCAGGAGCUGGAGAAUCUGGAUGAUGUGACUCCAUCUCGUUCUCCAUCUCGCUCUCCUCUCUCUUCUACCUCUCCGGUGUCUGCACCAGAGUGGGCCAGCGAUGGAUACGGCAGCAAUGUGAGCUCAGAGCUGGAGGCCAAGCUGAAGCACGAGCUGGAGCACACGGAGCGGCUUGACGCUCACUUUGUGGACUACCUGCGCAGCAGAGACAUGGCACCUGCAUCACGCUCGGACAGCGCAGCAGGCAGCCUGCAUCACACCUACGAGCUACUCUCACCUGAGCUACAGGCCAUGCUGAACCGCGUGUACCGUGAGAGCUGCAGAGUGCUGUCUCUGUCCCAUCGUCCUCCCCCUGCCGGACAGCCUCAGCCAGACUCCGAGGAGGCUCCACCCCCAUCGUGGCAGAGAGAGAGGCGGGCCUUGCAAGAAACGGUGCUGUCACUCCGAGAGCUCCUCUGCAGGAUGGCCGAGCGUGAGCCCAAGGUGGAUGGUGAUGUAGACUGGCGGAGGGAGCUGUUGCAGGCCGUGCGGAGUGUGUUUGACAGCGAGAGGAAGUGGCUUCAUGCGCAGCUUCAGGACGUCAUGGCAACCAACACUGGCAUAGACUACACGUCCCUCCUGAAGCACUUAGAGAUGCUACUGCAAAAACAGGAGGAGCAGCAGAGGAGGUCUCUGGAGCAGUUGCUAAGUGCAGACCGGAACAGUCUCCUGGCUGAAAUCCGCAGUUUGCAUGAGCAGCUGCACGCCUGCACGCUGCAGAGCCAGGAGCAGCUGCGAGAGCUGCAAAGCUCGCUCAAUGCUGUUCGUGAUGAGAGCGUGCAGACGCAACAGCAGCUGCACAGACAGGUUGGCGAGUUGGAGAGGCAGCUACAGCAGGAGCAAACGGCAUCUCAGGAAGUGCGGCGCUCCCUGGUGGAGGAGCAGUCCAGAUCAACAAAUCAGCAUCACCAGCUGGAGGCAGAGCAGAAGCUGGUGGUGGAGAUGAAGGUGGAGCUGGAGGAACGCACUCAGCAGCUGCAUUUGGCCAGUAAAACCCAAGAGGAACUACAGGCUCAGAUCCACAAACUUCGGCUGAAGGUGGAGAGUGAGGAGCAGGAGCAUCAGGCUUGUGUGGAGGCUGCCGAGCGAGAGCAAACCAGAGUGAAACAGCUCCAGGAGGAACUCCAUCAUGAGAGACUCAACAGCAAACACGUACAGGAGGAGCAUGCACACACUCAAGAGUCUCUGCGUUCCUCCCUGAGCGAGCAUGCGACUCGCCUGAGUGAGCUGAACUCUGCGCUGGAGCAGGAGCGUGUAGCCGUCAGUAACCUGCGUGCUGAGCUGCAGAUUGAACAGUCCCGCUGUGAAGCCCUGCUGGCCCAGGAGCGCGAGCGCACCGAGCUAGCCCUCUCACGCCUGGAUGAAGAGCGCUCGCGUACUGCCGAGCUCUCGCGCACACUCUCCCACCAGGCGCAGGAGCAUGCUCGCCGCCUGGAGGAGGAAGUUCGCUCCCAGGAGGCGGCAAGCGCCCAUGACAGGAAGUUCAUCCAGGAGCUGAGGGCGCAGCUGGAGCAGGAGCGGCGCCAGGCCGAGGAGCUCGCCGCCACGGUGGACCGACUGCAGGCCCAGGUACUCCAGGGGAAACGCAGGCAGGAGGAAGCAGCGCAGCAGGAAGCACAGAGAGGACAGGAGGAGGUGAAGAGGCUGCGCUCUGCUCUGGAGGGCCUGCAGGCACAGCGGGCUGAGGUGAGCCGCACCCUGGAGACAGAAAGACACCGAGCCUCUCAGCUUCAGACAGAACUGGAUGCCAUGAAGGAGAAGAUGAGAGAGGUGAAGGAAAAGGAGAGAGCUAGGGAGGAGCAAAGGGAAAAGCAGAGGUGGCGCGAGAAACAGGAGCAGGAGGACAAGGAGCGGCGGCAGGAGCGUACCAAAGAGAAACUGCUGGAGCUGGAGGCAUUGCGAGAGCGAGAUCAGCAGCGUUUGAGACAGCUGCAGCAGACUCUGGCUGACCUGGAGCAGCAGGAGAAGCGGCUGACCUCAGAACGCCUGCACAGGGACCUACACACUACUGACAGCACCCGCAUCACUCACACACAGGACUCGCCCACUUCCUCUUCCUCUUCCUCUCUGUUGGAGCGCGUAUUAAAGGAGAACUCUGAGCUGGCGGAGCGUCUCGCAGCUCUGAGUGAGGAGAAGAUCUCCCUCAAACACACCAUCACCUGUCUGGAGAGAGACCUGCACAACCUCAAACGCAGUGAACAGAAGUCUUCGGUGCAGCUAGACCCGUCUGUAUUAUCAGAGAAACUGGUCUGGCAGAAGGAGAAGGUGGCCUUGCAGGCUGCUCUACACAAAGCCGAGGAUGAUCUCGUGAAGGCCACAGCCAGGAACGAGAACCGACCAAUCACUGACCUUUCCAACAAUAAGGUGCAGAGACUGUAUGAAAAGUACCUGAGGGCAGAGAGCUACCGGAAGUCUCUGGUGUAUCAGAAGCGCUACCUGCUGCUGCUGCUCGGAGGUUUCCAGGACUGUGAGCAGGCCACGCUGGCUCUGAUAGCACGAAUGGGUGCUCAGCCAUCGCUCAUCUCGCAAGCCUCCCGACCAAUCAGCCGCUUCAGGAGUGCCGUUAGAGCGCUCAUCGCCAUCUCCAGACUUAAGUUCCUCACCAGGAAGUGGCAGAGGGCUACGAAAAAAAGCUCAGUAGGAAGUGUGACCGUUAACAGUGCAGCCGUAAGGACCGAGGUUCUGAAACCGCAGCAGUCCGGAGCUGCGUUCAACUCUCCACCCACUCGUGAUCGCGUUCUCACCCAGCGCACUGCGGUCUCGCCUCUGGUGCCGCCGGUUAAAUCUCCUUUCAGACUUCAUAAUGGAGGUUACUCCAGCAGCAUCCUGGCCCCGUCUGAGCGCACUCUCACCCCCUCCCAGGAGCAGGAACGCUCCCUCACCGACUACAUUCAUCAUCUGGAGAGCGUCCAGCAGCGUCUAGGAGCUGUUCGUCCAGUCCCCCGAGACGAGCGGAGGCGGAGUCUCCCUGAUAUGAUGGGCUUUCGGCAGAAAUGGUUGCAUGAGAAUAGAAGCUGGCUGUAUUUGAGUUGUUUGUCGCCAGGUUACAUGUGGCCUUUAGGUUCCCCUGCGACGUUCCCUUUUCCCAGGAAAACUGACAGAUGAACAAAUGAAGCACCGUCAGCACUGAGCCAGUGUUGUAUUGCCAGUGUGUGUUCAAGAUACUUGAUCAUUUUACAAUAAAUUAUUUUUAAUCUACUUUUAUACUCCAAUCUCAGAUUAACCACAAACGAACACCUCAAAGUGUUUAAAGAGUCAGUGACUAUUUUCUAUAUCUUUCGAAAUGUUUCUCACUCCAGAUAGUCUGUAAAUCUGCUCACAGUUGUUUAGUUGUGUGUAGCUUCCCUGUUUUUGUUUAUGACUUUGCACUGGAAUCUGUACAGAAUCACCAUUAUACUGCACAAGGACGCAAGUUUAUGUCUUUUAUAUUAGAUAGAUUUUAUAUUAAACUGUAGCUUUUCUAUGUUCAAUAAAUAUUUUAAUAUUUCAA